AUGACAAACACUUGUGAGGCCAGCGCCACAGUUGGGCAGGGGAAUCCUUGGUACACUAGACGACCUGGUUGGAUCACUUCGGGAAUAUUUGUCAUAAUCAUAUCGGCCAUAACUUUCAUAAGCGUCGCCCGACAUGCUAGAAACUAUCGUGCGCCAAAAGAACAGCGUCAAAUCCGGAUACUGUACAUGCCUUUCGUUUAUGGAGUCGUUAAUUGGCUGGCUUAUCGUUUUAUUCAUCAAUAUGUGUAUUUGUCCCUGAUCUACGUUGUCUACGAGGUUUUUGCACUAGCUGCUUUCUUGUAUCUUAUGAUUGAAUAUGUCUCGAAUGCCGCUGCAACCAAUUCGCUUGAGGAAGCAUUAGUGAAGAAAGACAAGGCUAGGUUGCCUGCUCCUUGGUGCUGUUUCCGUUACAGACCGACUAAAUCAUACUUUAUACACAUGGUCAAAUGGCUUGUGCUUCAAUUCAUUAUAAUUAGGCCGAUUGUCUCGGUUAUAUCGAUUACAUUACACGCUCUGGGCGUACUGUGUCCAUCGAAAAUGAAUCCUAAAUAUCCCAACCUCUGGCUGACCAUAAUCGAUCUCUUGAGUAUGAUGACCGCUAUGUACGGCCUGCUUCUGUUUUAUAACCUCACCAGAAAAGAAAUUGAAGGGCACCGGCCGCUGCUAAAGUUCUUGAUUAUUAAAGGAAUCGUAGCUCUCACCGUCAUCCAGGAGUUUGUAUUCAGACUCCUUCGUACAUCUGAUAAGAUCAAACCUAGCGAGAAUUUUCCAGCUGCCGAAGUUGCUGACAGCCUCAAUGCCUUUUUGUUGUCGAUUGAAAUGGCGGGAGCUGCCGCAGCCAUGUUGUCGGCGUUUUCUGCGUCGGAACAUUCCAAUGAUGCAAAACCAAGGGGGACGAUUGCGCAAGCGAUUCUCGAUAGUGUGAACUUCGGCGACUUUAUGUCCGAAAUAAAGCAAUCUGUAGUCUUUUUCUGGUAUCGCCGUCAAAACAGAUCGCGUAGAGCGAGUGAAGAGCCAUUUACAACCUUGAACUACCAUAAACCCAGCGCUGAUGGGAUAGCUAGUGGUCGUACAUCGUCCAUAAACCUGGAAUCCGGAUUGUCAUCCAAGGACGGGACCAGAGUUGUAGUAUCACCAGUUUAA